AUGUUCAUCAACGCACGUCGAGUAGCCUGGCUGUGCUGGCUGCUCUGUUCAUUCCUUCCGUACGUUCAUUGCCAGUUUGGCAGUAAUCCGUUUGCAGGAAGCCCUUUUCCAGGUGGCUUCGGAAGAGACCCCAUUGGAAACGGUUUUCCUAAUAGGGAAUUUGGAGGGAGGGUGCCUGGCAGGCUUUCUCAGGGGUUUGACUCCCAGCGCAACCAGCGCAUUGGUGGAAACAACUUCAGAGUGCCACAGGAGAAUCGGCAAGAGGCGGAAUCGGAGAGAGCUCAAGGGGAGCCCAAUCAAGGCGAAACGCUCGAAGGUGGAGACACAUCCACAGUGGCUCCGACGACUGCCAUAUCUACUCCAUCUUCUCCUGCUCUUAUUGCCUCAGAACCACCACUGUCGCCAUCACCACCAUCACCACCACCGCCCGCCCCAAUUGCAGACGGAGGUGGAGUUGGACUUGCAACUGAGGCACCGCCUCCCUCAACCACGACGACACGGAGCCGGUUUACCCCCGCCAUUGAACAGCCCACAACAGAUCCGACAAGUGGCCAAACGAUACAGUCUCUCCCUGUCUUACCCAUCGAUUCCACACUGACACCGCUCACCACAUCAUCCGCCGACACGCUCCCUUCGGAAUGGACCUCAGCAAUGCCAUCCAUGACAACCACAACAAGUACAAGCCCUGCUCUCAAUACCUCAGCUUUUACCACUCCAUCACAGACGUCAACAAAUACUCUCUCGCCUGCAUCACCUACCAACUCGACCGCCGCAUCCGCUGCCCUUGACUUGGCGCCGCUGUCCACGUCCACUGGAAGCACAAUGAGCGCCUCCGCUCGAGGUGGCGUAGGAGUAGGCGUCGCAUUCGCCAUCAUUUCCAUCGCAGGUCUCACAGGCUUCAUCCUCUGGCGCCGCUAUCGAAAUCGUCACCACUGGCGCAAGAAUAACCAGGCCACCGUUGGCGGCCUCGGACGUUUCUUCCCCUUCAACCGCACCAGAACCUCCAAAACGGACGCAGAAUGGGAAAUCGGUGACGCGGAGAAAGUCGAGAUCCUGCGUGGUGCGUCUGCCAGGACGGUAUCGCGGAGCGAUAGCAGCAGGAGCAUGCGGCCCAGCGGCGAUAUGGAGGGACGAAAGGCGGAGGACGGGUCGAGGUCGGGGCCGAAGCCAAAGUUGCAGAUUGUGAAGGUCGGGAUGUGGGUUCCGGAUCGGCCUCAUCCUGCGUUGACGUCGAAUCCACCCUUGGUUAGUCCGAGUCAGUUUCCUAGGCCGCCGAGUGGGAGUAGUGGAAGUGGAGGGUCUGGGGGUGGAGGAGGGGGGAGGAAGACGAGUAGUUGGCCGCUUCCAGAGGGGGAGUAA